UGUUAUAUACAUGUACAUGGAGCAGCUAACAUGAGCAUCUAAAUAAAAAACUGGAUUAUGUAUAUGUAUAGUAGAUUUAAAUAAACUUGGAUGUAUGAGGAUUAAAGGGAUCAUCAAAUGGAAUCUAAUGAUGAUGAUGCAGGGGAGUGUUGCUAUAGCGAUGAUGAUGGGGAUGAGGAUGCGACUACUAGAGUGGGAGUGGUGUAUUCUGAGACUGGAACCGUACUAGAGCUGAUUAGUGAAGACCCCAUAGAACCAACGCAACAUGCCACUAUGGCCUCUCAGUCACGCCUUCCCAAACUUCAUGAACUACCAGAUAGAACAGUUUCAUCACCAGAACUGACUUAUGGACCCUCAGUGAUAAAGUCAAUUCCAGAGGAAGACACCAGUACCAACAAUGCCACUGCCAAACAUCCUGAUGUUGCAGGCACACCAGUAAAGGAGCCAGUGAAACCACUAGGGAAGAUCACCCGCCAUGCAUCUUUCCCUCUGGCAUCACAAAGCAGCAUACUGGAAGAG